CGAGAAGACGGGGAGAGAGAGAGAGAGGGCAAGAGUCACCAUCUCUGAAAAAGAAGUGUAGUUUAAAGAAGGAACACGCGUGGGUCCCACUCUCCUCUGCCGGGCCGGCCCCACUCUCUCUCCCUUUAGCACUCUAGAGCCUCUCGCUCCUCAGUCAGCAGCUUACUACUAAAGUGCGCGCAGCCCACCUACAAAAAAGCAAAAGCUGUUUAAUUACAUCCACCAUAAUCACAUAGAUCACAGAGACCAGAGAGAGAGAGAGAGAGAGAGAGAGAGAGAGAGAAACAGCUCUAGAGAGAGAAAAGUUAGAGAGAGAGAGCUCUGGUCUCGCUUUGGCUCCCCGAAAUUGCAAAAAAAAAAGGAAAAAAAGUGAAGGAAGAAAAAAACCUCGGCAUUUGAUUAGUAGCUAACCCUUGCCAUUUUCGUUGUUGUUGGUCACAGGGCCUUCCGGCUUCCGCAGGUGUAAAUGUUCGACUUCGUUUUGCUCUGGUGCGUUUGCCAUUGCGAUUCUUCUGCGUUUGCAAUUUUGAAUAUUAUUCGUUCCAAGAAUUUUCUAUGAGAUACGUGGUUAUCAGGCAUGGAGAGGGUUUCGGAAUCAAAGGUGCUUCCUAAAAAGUUUCCCGUGGGAGUUGAGGUGAUUUAUUCACGUUCGGCCUCAACAAGAGGAGUGGAUCACUUGUCAAACAUGCACUCUGGUUUGGCAAGAGAAGAUGUUGCUUCUACUAGAGACAGGGGUCAGUUAUCCAAUGGACCAGGCAUGGAGAGGGUUUCGGAAUCAAAGGAGCUUCCUAAAAAGUUUCCCAUGGGAGUUGAGGUGAUUUAUUCACGUUCGACCUCAACAAGAGGAGUGGAUCACUUGUCAAAUGUACGCUCUGGUUUGGCAAGAGAAGAUGUUGCUUCUACUAGAGACAGGGGUCAGUUAUCCAAUGGGCGCUUAGGCUUGGUGAGAGAAGAAAUUGCAUUGGCAAGGCAAAUGGCUGAGUUGUCAAAUGUGCAUUCUGUUAUGGUAAAAGAUGGGAGAUUUAAUGCACAGGAGUCUCGAGAUUCUGACUUGCCCAUACCUUUAAGAACAAGGAAAGGAAAGGUCUCUUUGCCAGAAGAGGAAGAACUUUUGUCUGGCUCUCUCACAUUCAAGGGAAGUAUAGAUUCAUUUGAUGAAGGUGGUCCUAGUUUUUUCGCCGGGGUUAGUCACCCUCCAGAACCUGUUGAUAUGGAUCUAAUGAAACCAGUGUAUGUACCGAUUGGUCAGAAUAAGUCCGACACUGGAUGCUUGAUGAAGAGCUUAUCUGUGAAAGGCCCUUUUCUAGAAGAUCUUUCCCCCCGGGUUCCUGCUAAGAAACCAAGUCCAACUGUUCUUUCCCCUUCUGAAAGCUUGCUUGAAGAACCCAACGACAUAGGUGCGCUGUCUCCGCCAUUUGCGGUUCAGCGUGCAUCACAGAAUACAGAUAAUUCACUCAUUCCUCCAGAUUCCGAGGAGAAGGAGUGUGUUUGGGAUGCUUCUUUGCCUCCGAGUGGUAAUGUAAGUCCACUUAGUAGCAUUGAUAGUGCUUGUGUUGUCACUGCUAUGAGUAUUGCCAAUAGCUGCGCUAGUACAUAUAGGAGUGACGCAAUCACUAGUGAUGGCAUGCUUAGUUUUGAGAGAAAUGGUGAAAGUACCAAAGGGAGUGUUAGAGGGGAUUCACUUGAGAGUGCAAAAACUAGUGUUAGUCGAGCAAGUGUUAGUAGUGGCGUUAGUGAUGACAGCAACUGGAGCAACCUUACUGGGAGUGCUAAUAAGCCCCAUAAAGGAAAUGAUCCUAGGUGGAAGGCAAUUCUUGCUAUUCGAGUUCGGGAUGGGAUUUUGGGUAUGAGCCAUUUUAGAUUACUCAAACGGCUUGGUUGUGGUGAUAUUGGUAGUGUCUAUCUUUCAGAACUAAGUGGAACCCGCUGUUAUUUCGCAAUGAAAGUAAUGGACAAGGCAUCCCUUGCAAGCAGGAAGAAGUUGACUAGGGCUCAGACAGAACGGGAGAUUUUGCAACUGCUGGACCAUCCAUUCCUUCCAACUUUAUAUACACAUUUUGAGACCGACAGGUUCUGCUGUUUGGUCAUGGAAUAUUGUCCAGGUGGUGAUCUGCACACUCUGAGGCAACGACAACCUGGAAAACACUUCUCAGAGUAUGCUGCGAGAUUCUAUGCUGCGGAGGUUCUGUUGGCACUAGAGUAUCUACACAUGCUUGGAGUUGUCUACAGGGACUUAAAACCUGAAAAUGUGCUUGUUCGUGACGAUGGCCACAUAAUGCUCUCUGACUUUGAUCUUUCACUGAGAUGCUCUGUUUCACCGACCCUGAUAAGAACUUCAUAUGAUUCGGAUCCCUCCAAACGAGGAGCAGGUGCGUUCUGCGUCCAGCCUGCAUGUAUUGAGCCGUCAUCAGUAUGCAUUCAGCCUUCUUGUUUUAUCCCAAGGUUCUUCCCUCAGAAAAGCAAGAAGAGCCGAAAGCCUCGAGCUGAGCCAGGGUUUGCCACCAAUGCACUUCCAGAGCUUGUUGCUGAGCCUACUCAAGCUCGGUCCAUGUCUUUUGUUGGAACCCAUGAAUACCUAGCCCCUGAAAUUAUUAAGGGAGAAGGCCAUGGUAGUGCAGUUGAUUGGUGGACGUUUGGUAUAUUCUUGCAUGAAUUACUGUAUGGCAAAACCCCUUUUAAAGGUUCAGGAAACCGUGCUACACUGUUCAAUGUGGUGGGGCAGCAACUUAAAUUCCCAGAUUCCCCCGCAACUAGUUAUGCAAGCCGCGAUCUAAUUCGGGGUUUGCUGGUGAAAGAGCCACAGCACCGGCUUGGGGUGAAAAGGGGUGCAACUGAGAUCAAACAGCAUCCCUUCUUCGAAGGUGUAAAUUGGGCUCUAAUACGAUGCAGCACACCACCAGAAGUACCAAGACCGAUGGAAACUGAACUGCCAGUGAAAUUUAACGCAGUUGAACCUGUUGGUGUCGGAAGCAACAGUAAAAGAAUGGUUGGGGCAGACGUGAAGUCCGGGGGUAAAUAUCUAGACUUUGAGUUCUUUUAGUUUGGAUCACAUGGUUAUUGUGCUAUCUUGUAUUCGUACCCAUCAUUUAAAUCCCACAAGAGUAUGCCUGA